GCUGUUGGUGGUGUGCGGGGGCGGGGACAGAGUGUAAGGUCCGCCUCCCCCUGACAAUGGUUGGCACCCUCCCACAAGGUGACCCCUCAGAUAGAAGAGGGCCCCAGGAGAGACGCCCCGAGAGGCCCGGAGCCCCCCGCCUGCUGCUGACCAGACUGCAGGACAUCAGAGCCACUCCAGGAAAGAGACAACCGCAGGGAGACCUGCAACCUCCGAGAGCCCGCCGCGAACUCCGACCUCUGCAGACCAGAGAGGGGCGGAGUCCCCCCAAAGAGGAGCGGGGUCCCCCCAUGUCUGAGCACCUUCCAGAGGACAACCUGCCUGACCCAGGAGCCCACCAGGAGGACAGAGCGCUGCAUGUGAGGCCGCAGGAGGACAGAGCGCUGCAUGUGAGGCUGCAGGAGGACAGCGCGCUGCAUGUGAGGCCGCAGGAGGACAGAGCGCUGCAUGUGAGGCCGCAGGAGGACAGAGCGCUGCAUGUGAGGCCGCAGGAGGACAGAGCGCUGCAUGUGAGGCCGCAGGAGGACAGAGCGCUGCAUGUGAGGCCGCAGGAGGCGCAGGAGAUGUUGGAGUGGAAGCGGAAGGAACAUGCGGAUAUGUGCAGGAAGGUGCAGGAGAUGCAGCGACAGGCCGAGGAGAUUUCCGUUCUUCAGCUGCAGUUGGGCGGGACAGAUCUGGAGAAGCAUCGGGAUCUCCUGGCAUCUGAGAACGCCGGUCUGCGCCAGGAACUGCAGCUGCUGCGGCACCACCGAGACAAUGCGAAUAAUCAGGAAGUUGCGGCUCUGAAGGAACGUUUGCAGCACAUGGAGCAGGAAGAGGGCGAGCGGAAUGCGUUGGUCUGCGCUCUGCAGAGGGAGGUCCAGCAGAAGGCGGAGCGUCUGGCAGAGGCGGAGCUCCGAGUGAGGGACUCCGUACGUGAGAGGGUGGAGGAGGAGGAGCGACUCAAUCGCCGGCUGCGAGAAUACCAGCAACAGCCUCAGAUAAAGUACGUGGUGCAGACGGUGGAGUCGGUGGAGCUGAAGGAGACACUGGACAGACACAAGCGCAGCGCACAGGAAAUGAGGAAACAACUGCAACACGAGCAGCAGGAGGCGGCCAAACUACGAGCGCAGGUGGCGCUGUAUGCAGCGGAGUUGGAGCGGGUCCAGGCAGAGAUGGUUCAGGAGUUCGGGGCCCUCCAGGAGCAGAAGGCGUUGGCGGUGGCGGAGGCCUAUGACCGAGCACAGGAGGAGAUGAGAGCCGUACACCACAGCCUGGAUGGUGUGCGCAGGAACCUGGUGGUGCUGCAGCCGGCGCUGCGCACGCUCACACACGACUACAACGGCCUGAAGAGACAAGUGCGCGACUUCCCCAGCCUGCUGAGCCAAGCCAUGAGGGGGGCCCGGGAAGAGGUAAGGACCCCACAAUGGGGCGGGGUCACAGUGGUUAGCGGUCCUGCCUUGCAGCACUGGGGGUCCCGGGUUCGAAGCCCAUGAAGAAUGUUUGGAUGCGUCCAUCUCAUCACAGGAAAUAUUCGCGUCUUCACUCGCGUUCGGCCAAUUAGAGAUGUGGACGGUGCUGGCCCAGGUGCGCAGAGCGUGGUGACCUUUGACCCCGAUGAUGACGGGAUUCUCCACGUGACACACAAAGGGAAAUCGAUGAGCUUUGAGAUGGACAAAGUGUUCACCCCGAGCGCCACGCAGGAGGAGGUGAGAGGACAAAGGUGGGAGGAGCCUGGAGGAGAGUGA